GUCGUACAUUUCAAGUGUCUGUCACAAAAAAUCAUUUACAAAAUGAAAUUUUUUUUUAUAAAAUUUUGGGGGUACCACCUGUUGCCGUGUUGAUCCGAAAAUAAUGUCAUCAAAGCCAGAUCAAAAUGGCAAUCGACAAUUUCUAAAAAAUAUAACGAAUUUUGAUGAGCCUAGACCGUUGACAAUGCGAUUGAUGCAAGACAGCCGCAAGAAGGAUGAUGAAAUAAAGAUUUUGAAACGCCAGAAUCAAGAAUAUCGAAUAAAAGUAGCUUUUUAUCACCAAACCCUGCGACAACAACAACAACAACAACAACAACAACAACAUCAGGAUCGUUAUUACUAUCUUGAACAUGACACAUUUCAUGUUAGAUACAAUAUUUACAUUCCCAGUUCAGUAUCCCGUAAGGCAUUUGACGCUAUAAAUCCGUCUAAAUUCAUAAAAAUAAUGUCACACGCGAUUUGGGGUGAAGAAAAUAUUUCAAAGCUCGUAGUUCGUAAACAAAAAAACACUGGAAACCGCGAGAAAUUAGACGAUAGAAGAUUAGAAUUGAUACGGGCUGUGAAUACAUAUUUAGACCGAGCAAUUCAGAGUGCAAAAAAAAAGUUCGACGAUCAUAGCUUAUGUAUUCUGUAUUUCGGGCCAAAUCCAUUACUUUUAAACUCAACUCUAUUCGAUUUGGAUUAA